UCGCACGUUAAGCGCCACUUCACUCUUCAACUCAUAGUUUCCCGCGCCAAAUAUUUCACAUUUAUACACCUUCCUUUUUCAAAUCCCCCAAAUCACAAACCCUAAUUUAUCUUUCUCUUCUUCUUCUUCUUCUUCUCUCACUCUCACUCUCAAUCAGAACCAGAAGAAGAAGAGAAUGUUUUACUCACAGACAUUUUUGGCGCGAAAAGGGCCACUCUCUACAGUGUGGAUCGCCGCUCAUCUCCAACACAGGCUCAAAAAGUCUCAUUACACUGCCACUGACAUUCCCUCCACUGUUCAACAUAUCAUGGAUCCGGGGGUUCCGAUUGCGCUGAGAAUGUCAGGCCAUCUUCUCUUGGGUGUUGUUCGGAUAUAUUCGAAGAAAGUUGAUUAUCUUUUUCAUGACUGCAAUGUUGUUUUGACCGGUUUGAGCAAAGCAUUUGCCGCUAUACAGCUUACUUUACCGGAGGAUGCAAGGCAGGCACCGGUUCAAUCUAUCACUCUGCCGGAAAAUUUCAACCUUGAUGCACUCAACUUGGGUGAUGACAUAGAUCAUAAUUGGGUUGAGGAUGUGCACCGCCGGAGUCAAGAAGACAUCACUCUAGAAGAUCGGAAUCCUGUUAUAAUGGAUCAUUAUGUGGCUAUAUCUUUUGAUGAGGAUAUGGUAAUGGAUUCUUCACGCACUGAAGUGCUGCCAGAUUCUGGUGAAAGACCAAUGGAGGAGGACACUGUCCCCCAAUCUCCAUCAAUGAAUGUUGCGGGUGUUCAAGAUCGUAGUCCAACUGUGCAAAUAACAUCACCAGCUAUCCAGCAUCCAGGUGGUGACGGCCCUCAGAACUUUCAGGACCCUGAGGCUACCUUCCCUGUUAGUCAUAGUGGUAACAGUCCUACACAAGCAACCCAAGCUAUGCCAAUUGAAGUCCUUCGUGAUGCCAGCAAUGAUCCUACACAAACAACCCAAACCUUCCCUGGUAGUCCUAGUGGUAACAGUCCUACACAAGCAACCCAAGCCAUGCCAGUUGAAGUCCUUCGUGAUGCCAGCGAUGAUCCUAUACAAAUAACCCAAACCUUCCCUGUUAGUCCUAGUGGUAACAGUCCUACACAAGCAACCCAAGCAAUGCCAAUUGAAGUCCUUCGUGAUGCCAACAAUGACUAUAAUAUAGAAAACCCUCCAGUAUAUCAAGAUCUUGGGGAUAAUGAUACUGAACCAAACAAAGAUCUUGACCAAACUAUGAAUGAAAGGGAUCCUAUUCCUGAAAUGAUUGAUGAUUUGGGUCCUGAAGGGAUAUCUGGACCACCUCCGCUACACUUUGGACCAUCAACUCCGGCUACUUCUCAAGGGGGCACCCAAGAUGCACAUGUUUUUGUAGAGCAUAAUUCUCCCAAUCUGGUGCUUCGUUCGAGCCCACCAAUACAGCAGCAGCCGCAGCAGCAGCAACAGAGAGGAAGGAAGAGAAAACAACUCUUCGAUGAACCGAUAGUGUUAUCAAAUAAAUUCAUGAGGGAUGCGCUUAAUAAUCCUCGUAAUAUAAUACGGAAAAGAAGGGAUCUUCCUGGCUCUUCUUUGGGUGCUUGGAAACUAAACAACAGCCAAAGAAAGGAAAACAUGUUUGACCAGCCCUUAAUAACUGGGUUAUGUCAGGAUCUUUUAGACAUAUCCCAAACGGAUUAUAUACGUUCAAGACCUCAUUUGAUCAUCUCUGAGGAAGAUAAUGCGGAUAAUGGGUGUGGGGUUACCAGAACUCCCCCAACUAACCAAAUACCUGAAGAGCCAAGAGCUGCUACUCCUCCCGUCACUGCAUCUGAUAUGGAAAUUGAACACCCUGCAACUAACCAAAUCCCGGAAGAGCCGAGAGCUGCUACACCUCCUGUCAAUGCACUUGAUUUGGAAAUUGAACAACUUCGUAGUGUUGCUGCUACUCCCUCUCCCACUAUCCCAGCUCACAAUGUGGACAUUGAACUUAAUAUUGAAGGUGAUCAUAGGAGCCCCGUUGGAAGAGAUAACAUGACUCCUGUUUCGGCUCAUAGAUUAAGGUCUGUUUCAGUUUCUCCUUUGAGAACAAAUAAUGCAUCUGAGACAGUACAGACCCCAGACGUAGGAACUUCACUUGGUGCUCAUGGAUCAGAAAUGGAAACACCCAUGCCUCGUCUGGAUGAUACGUUUCAGAACUUUAGUCUUUCAGAUACUCAUCGGUUGAUCAGUUCUGCUGAAUCAGAAGAGCUUUCUUUUCUGGAAAUGGAUAACAAUACGCCAGCCAGUUCACAAGGUACAAGUAGAACUACUGGCACAUUAUCUGUGAGGACAAGGGCUACAGCUCAAUAUUUGAAAGCACAUUCUCCAAUUUCCCCAAUUUUGGAAGACCCUGCUGUAGACCUCAGCUUGAACAAAAUCUUGGAAGGGAAAUCUAGAAAGAUUUCUGCUCGAAUGUUCUAUGAAGUAUUGGUUUUGAAGACUCAUGGACUUAUUGACGUACAUCAAAAAGAGCCUUAUGAUGAUAUCAGCUUGAAGUUGAUGCCUUCACUUUCAAACGCUAAACUUUGAUAUCUUCAUGAAUUCAUUUGUAAUCCUUCAGUGUAUAUAGUUGGGUUUCGCGGCGAGGACGGAAUGCAGUUGGGUGUGUAUAGUAGACACAAGGCAAAUUUUGUCCAACAUGGAGGCAGAGCUUUUAUCACUCCUUGUUUUGUUAUCAGCAACCUGCUUAAUUUAUAUAAAAAACUGUAAUGAUGGUUUUUAUUUAAUAUUUAUUAGUAAAUUUCGUUUUUGGAAAAAUAAAAGUACAAAAUGUUGUACUAAAUUUAUUUUUUACUUAUUGUAGUUUGGUCUGAUUUAGUACCAAUAAACAUGUGAAGGGAGUAGUAGUUUUUUUAAAUAUUUUUUUGGACUUGUUUAUAUAGCUUUGAGGCUUCCAUCUAAUUUUGACAC